UUAUUCCACUUCUAAUUCCAAUUUUGAGCAGAUUUGACUUGAGACUUAAUUACUGACUGAAUCAAUGAGUGCCGAUUAAAGAUUGUAAUAAACAAGACAUCCAGACGAGAAUUCACUAGAGAUAUUCUGACUGAAAUACUGACUGAUGAUUAAAGAAUAAAAUAAUUGGAUGAUUACCAAAGACAAGACGCUCAGACAAGCAAUUCAGCAUAAGGAUGAGGAAGAAGAGAUGGAGACAGUUGGAUACUGGCAUUGUUCAGACUGCCUAAGGUGCAACACUGUGGGCGAUAGGAAGUCUCCAUAUUUAUGUGUUUUUUGUGGCCAUUCUAUUUGUUCGGUGACGGAUAACCCAAAAUACUCCAAAAGAGCUCCCUCGCCUUCGUCUGACAUGAUAACAGAGACGACCAACUCUGAUACAGUGACCAACUCUUUACACAGUGAUAGCAAUACUCACUGGAGUUCCACAUCUUUGGAUAAGGACAGAAGCACUCUAAACAAUGGGGAAACAACUUCCAGGGCAUGUACGCCUGUGACUACCAGCAAACAAAAACAAAACAGUGGUCAUGGGGAUGAUGAAAAUGCCACCAGCAGCAGAAUGUCUGCACAAACCAAAAAGGCUCAUCCUUCAGUUUUGUCCUCUUCCCCACAUCAGCAAAAUAACCGCAGAUAUGUGAAGCCACAUCAGAAAGACAAAAUGUCACACAGGUCUAAGGCUGUGCAUAAAAGCCAAGAACAACCACAGGAGAUUGCCACAGGCUCAACUGCUGCAUGUUCGUCUUUUGAGAGCUCAUCAUCUUCAGCGGUUCUGUAUGAGGAUGAAGAUGAAAAGAUGGAGACAACUGGAUACUGGCAUUGUCCAGGACAGGAACGCUGUGACUACCAGCAAAGAACAGCAGUCAUGAGGAUGAUGGGAAUGCCACCAACAGCAAAAAGUCUGCACAAACCAAAAAGGCUCAACCGUCAGUUUUGUCCUCUUCCUCCCAUCAGCGAACUAACUGAAGCUGGAACAGAUAUGUGAAGCCAAAUCAGAAAGACAAAAUGCCACACAGGAAUAAGGCUGUGCACAAAAAAACGAAAACGGAAGAAAGACCAUAAGGACAAUGAAAACGCAUGUUGUCAGCAAACCAGAGCUAAAGAAAACAGAUUUGAAAGGAGACACCAGAACAUCAACCAUGGGGAAGAAGAAAAUGACUCCAGAACAGAAAGCCUGCAAACACAAAAAGAUUUACCGUGGAAAGUUGAAAGAUAAAGGUUAAAAAGCUACUGGCACAAGCAACGGUAGUCGUGAGCUAGCCACAGGCAACACUGGGACAGCAACCAUGAGGAUGAGGAAGAAGCCAGAGUUAGCAGAAAGCACUUUGCUUUUGUCCCCUUUUGGAAAUGCUGGACAGACAACUGAGCAGGAGAUUCACCACCACAAUUACAGAAAUUGAUGAGCAUGUUGUCCAUAUGCAGAUGAAUGUAAUCAGUUGUAGUCUCAUGUCUCAUUGAGCAUCUGAGUACUACAGCUGAUUUUGGACACAAAUGCUCCAUUGCAUUUUAAUUUGGUGUAGAUUUGGGCUGAUAUUUUUCAGCCUGUACUGCUGACAUAUUGGGAGAUCAAUGCAAAUGUUCUGCAGCUGCUUUACUGAAAUACUGUUGUUAUUGUCGUUGUUGUUGUCGUCUUACAGCUGCUCUCCGAUCAGGGUUGCCACAGAAUGAUAACAGGUCCUGUUACUUGACCACUAGAGAGUCAGGUUGAGAAUUUCCAUCAUGUCGUAAUUUCAUGAUUUUCUGCCACUUGCCAACCGUUGCCUUCGGCUUGCUUUUUAGAGAUGGAAAUCUGUGUGGGAUUUUCUUCAGGAUCCAGACAGUGUUUAUCGCAUAUGUGCGUAAAUUCUGUGAAAUUGCACAAGCUGCAUUCUGGAUCAUUUGUAAAGGUUGAAUGGCGCUCAGAGGGAGACCUACAGUACCAAGAGUGAGUUGCAUUAGUCCAGUCUUUAAAUGACAAUAAACUGAACAGACUCACUUGACAAAACUCAAUCAAAUACUCAAUUAGAUGUUUAAACCAUUUUUAUGCAUGACAUGAGUGUAAUCACGAGUUCAUGUUAUUUCUAUCUAGUUCUGUAUGAGGAUAAAUUCUACGUAAACUUACUAAUAUGUUGUGGUUAAUGCCAUCCUGUAGAUUGCCUCAGGUGCAACACUGUGGGCGAUAGGAAGUCUCCAUUUUCAUGUUUUUUGUGUGGCCAUUCUCUUUGUUUCGUGACGGAUAACCUACAAGACCUCCAUGACGGAUAACCUACAAGACCUCCAUGUGGUCUUUAAGGACAACAACCUCCUCAUCAAUACAACAUUUGUUGGACUGUAUAUUUAUAAUCACACCCUCCAGUGUCACCCAGAUGAAGAUGAGUUUCCCCUUUGAGUCUGGUUUCUCUCAAAGUUUCUUCCUUUACCAUCUAAGGGAGUUUUUUUUUUCUUGCCACAGUCGCCUCAGUCACCUCAGGCUUGCAUACUGGCGAUAAAUAUACAUUUACAAUUACAUUACAUAUACAUAUACAAUUACAUAUACAAUACAUUUACACAGUGCAACAUAAAUGUAAACAUACAUUAUUUGUAUUAUGUUAAUAUUUAUAUUAACUUUUUUUUAUGUUUUAUCGUUUUAUGUUUAUGUUCUGUAAAGCUGUAUAUUUUGCACCAUGUCACUUUGGCUGCUCUGUAUUUUGUGCAAUGUUACUUUUGGAUGCUAUGUAUUUUGCACCAUGUUACUUUUGACUUCUCUGUAUUUUGCACCAUGUUACUUUGGCUGCUCUAUAUUUUGUACAAUGUUACUUUUGGCUGCGCUAUAUUUUGCACCAUGUCAAUUUGUCUGCUCUAUAUUUUGCACAAUGUCACUUUGGCUGCUCGAUAUUUUGCACCAUGUCACUUUGGCUGCUCGAUAUUUUGCACCAUGUCACUUUGGCUGCUCUGUAUUUUGCACCAUAUUACUUUUGGAUGAUAUGUAUUUUGCACCAUGUUACUUUUGGCUGCUAUGUAUUUUGCACCAUUUUACUUUUGGCUGUGCUAUAUUUUGCACCAUGUCAAUUUGGCUGCUCUAUAUUUUGCACCAUGUCACUUUGGCUGCUCUAUAUUUUGCACCAUGUCACUUUGGCUGCUCUAUAUUUUGCACCAUGUCACUUUGGCUGCUCUAUAUUUUGCACCAUGUCACUUUGGCUGCUCUAUAUUUUACACCAUGUCACUUUGGAUGCUCUAUAUUUUGCACCAUGUCACUUUGGCUGCUAUGUAUUUUGCACCAUGUUACUUUUGGUUUACCUCUUUUGUUUCAUUCAUAAAUAAUGCUGACACUUAAAUUGUUUUGCCAACUUGCACUUGUUUUAUAUUUCUGUGUUGAUUUGUUAUGCAUGUUAUACAUGUUUAUUAAAACACAAGUUUUGUAAUAA